AUGAUCAUGGUGCCAAUCUAUGGCGUUUCUUCAUUCAUAUCGCUCUUUUCGCUCGAAGCAGCCGUAUUCAUUGAUGCUGUGAGGGAUAUAUACGAGGCCUUUGUCAUCUAUUGCUUUUUCCAAUUACUACUCUCAUAUUUGGGCGGAGAGCGUUCCCUCCUCAUCCUACUUCACGGACGACCGCCAAAAGCGCCGCCCUUUCCUAUCAAUCUCUUCAAGCAGGAGCUGGACGUCAGUGAUCCCUACACGUUUCUGUUCCUCAAGCGAGGAAUUCUGCAGUACGUACAGGUCAAGCCGGUCCUUGCACUUGCUACUGUGAUCCUCCGCGCCAACUCUGGAUACCUCUACGUCAGUAUCAUCUACAACAUCAGCAUUUGUCUGAGCUUGUAUUGUCUGGCCAUGUUUUGGAUAGUGGUCAACGACGAUCUCAAGCCUUUCCGCCCCGUCCCCAAGUUCCUCUGCGUAAAGGGGAUUCUAUUCUUCUCUUUCUGGCAGUCUAUACUCAUCUCGAUCUUGGGCCCUUACACCGACAGCGAGAGUAUUUCACUGGGCCUCACAGAUACCCUCAUAUGUAUGGAAAUGCCACUCUUCGCUUUUGCUCACUUGUUUGCGUUUGCCUACACCGACUUCAUCGACAAGGACAAGUCAUUUGUCGCUCGCAUGAAAGUAUCAUACGCCUUUCGUGACGCGUUCAGUUUCCUCGACGUCGUCGAGGACUCCAAAGCAACCCUCCGUGGUGAAGGAAUGGACUAUCGCGAGUUCGAACCCUCAGAAGGUUUCAUGCACCAGGGUGCUGGGCGAGACAAGCGCAUACGGGCAGGGUUGAGAUAUAGCAAAGGCGGAAAGCGGAAGUACUGGCUUCCCAAGACUGCUCCCGAGACCCUACCCCCGGGACGCUUCGAGCGAGGUGUCAACCGCGGAGCGGAUCAAGGAGAGAGCGUACACGCACCACUGUUACAAGGAGAUGCUGAUGAUGUGCUGUUCGACCAUAAUUACAACUAUCCUGUGAUCGAUGCAAGUUCGGAGGAUGCGCGUGCGGUGAUAUGGGAUUUGGAGGAAAGGGUGUUGAGAGACGAGCGGGGAGCGUGGUUUUCGCCUAUCCGAGGGGCGAAGGGACGGGUUGCUAUGAAACGACGGGACGGCCCUGCGUGGCGCGGUUAUGGAGCAGUUGGAACGACUAAGCAGAAGAGGACAGAGGAUUAUAGUGACGCUAAAGUGAUCGACUUUGAGCGAGACGUCGUUCCAGAGGCGAUGGACGUCAAAAUGAGAUGGUCAAAGAAGCAUGACCCCUCGCCAUCUUCUUCGCCUGGACCCUCGUCUGCAGAGAGCAGCACUGGUCCGGGGAGGCGCUCGCGGUUAUCGUCGUUACUCGCGAAGAGUCCACCGCAGAGUCAUGAACCGCCUGUGCUGCCAUCAGAUGCUGUGGAUCUGAUCGUGGAGGACAAGGAUGCGAUGAGGGAACGUCGAAAGGGUGAACCUGCGAUUCGCUCGCCUCUCCGUAAGGUUUACAGGCGGGGGUUUGUCAAGCAUGAUGAUGAGGGGCGACGGACUGAGGGAGAGGUAGAGGUGGAAGGUAGUGGAUCGCAGGAACCAGAUAAUCGUAUACAAGCCGGAGAAGAAGUGCUUGUCGAGGUUGGGGGCGAAGGAGAGCAGGAAGCUUCGGUGCAUGAGGAGGAGGCGGAAGAGACGUUCUCGCCUGUGCAUGAAGCGGAAGGUGUGAUCGCUAGGGCUGAGACUCCCCCGCCUCAUACGCGGUUGUUGAUAGACCAUUUGGACGAUGAUAAUCCGUGGGCUUGA